UCACUAUUUCUUUGCGUUAUCCCGAUACCGAGCAAGAGAAGGGUGCGACAGAGAGCAACGAUGGACCUUACAGUUGCUUGCAAUCCCUCCUACACUGCGGUGUACCGGAGACCAGCGCCUCGCCUGCAAUUGGCUUCGCAGAAGAGUUCCUUAAAAUGUCGCCGAAAAACGACGUCGGAGAUGCAAACGCCCGCUGGAUUCACCGCUCAGGCCGGCAACAGCCAUUCUCCGUCGAUCCCGACCCAUAAAGUCACCGUUCACGACAGACAACGUGGAGUGGUGCACGAGUUCUUCGUUCCCGAGGACCAAUAUAUACUGCACACUGCUGAAUCUCAGAACAUCUCCCUUCCUUUCGCUUGCAGGCACGGUUGUUGUACUAGCUGCGCUGUACGUGUAAAAUCUGGACAACUUAGGCAGCCUGAAGCGCUAGGAAUAUCUGCAGAAUUGAAAUCAAAAGGGUAUGCACUGCUUUGUGUGGGCUUCCCAUCAUCUGACCUUGAGGUGGAAACACAAGACGAGGAUGAGGUAUACUGGCUUCAGUUUGGAAGAUAUUUUGCCCGAGGACCAGUUGAGAGGGAUGACUAUGCAUUGGAGUUGGCCAUGGGUGACGAAUAAGCAAUGUACAAUAUCAGUUUUGGAGUAGAAUCGAUGGAGUAAAACAUGCAAUCUCCCUCUCUUUUUCUAGUUUCCUUUCCAAUUCUCACCUCUUCCCUGUAUUUGCCCCUGUUAAUAACGUAUGCGGAUUACUAAGCAAACAUUAUAUACCAUGUAUCAUCUGCAGAUGGAUAUUAUUGUUGAAGAUAUUUCAAUCUUCCAACUUAAUACUUUUUCAUGGUA